AUGCGCGGCCAGCGCAAUACGACGCCGCUUGCGGCAGCAGUGUUCAACAAAGACGUCGCCAUGCUGAAGCUGCUCCUGGAGCAAGGGGCAUAUCCUGGCUCUCUGGUGUACAACCAGACGACGCUCACACACGCCGCGUCCGAGGGGAGCCUGGAUAUUGCGCGGCUGCUGCUCGAACAGGAGCGCAGAGACUGGAAUCCCUCUUUAGUGCGACGGCAUCCGUGUGACGAGUCACAACCGCAAUUCGCAUCAAAGCUGGUCCAUCUGCGCAACGCGAUUGGAUCAUCUGCCCUACACAAGGCGGCAGAGGUGGGCAACGAGGAAAUGGCCCGCCUGCUGCUGAGCUACGGAGCCCGCGUGGAUUCGAGAGACAUCCAGGGCUUGACGCCGUUAUGCGUAGCGACUGGGAACAACCAUCUCGCCAUAGCGAAGCUCUUGCUGGAAGCCGGUGCUGAUCCGCUGGCCAUCGACUACCAGGGCAAGCGGUGCUCGCUGUCGAUUGCCUCUACACUAGCCCUUAAUCGGGGCGCCAAGGCGCAAGAACCACUUGCUUUAUUUAAGCUGCUCCUUUCUUCUACGAUGAGCGGAUCGCCGGAUGGUAGAGCCAGUGACAGCGCGGAGGCGCAGCUCACUUUGCCCACCGAGUUGCUACACGACCUGCUCUCCACCGGCACCGCUCCCGUCAUCGAUGCGAUACUCGCACUCGGCGCAGAUCCCGACACGAAAUCCACCGAUGGCUCGACUCCCUUGCUGCGCCGGGCAGGGAGCCAGACUGUCGGGCGUCAAAAUGCUCCAGCCGUGUGGAAGCUGCUGGACUUUGGUGCGUCUCUGGAGGCCACAUCGCCCGGCCAGCUCGAGACGCCUCUACUGCACGCCAUUGAGAACAAGCAGGACGAAGUGGUGCAGAUUCUUGUGGCCAGAGGCGCGAGCCUGACCGCCAGGGACAAGGAUGGGAGAGACCCCCUCCUCAAGGCCAUCUCCCUUGAUCGCCGGUGGGUGACGCACCUGCUUCUCGACAGUGGCGUGGCCGUGGAGACGAUGGAUUCUUAUGGCACAAGUGCCCUGGCUCUUGCCGCUGGGAGUGUUAUGCGCGGCAUCUCAGCCCGCCUGCUCGAACUUGGAGCGGUUCUCGAAACGAAAGACAGAUUAGGCAGAACCCCGCUCGUAUGGGCGGUGGAAUCAGAGAUCUGUGAGGAUGUCCGCCUCCUGCUUGACAAUGGCGCUGCGUUCGAUGUUGUCUACUCGCGUGUGGACUCCAUGGGUGGUGCAACAGUCAGUUCGGGGGAGGAAGGGACAUCGGAGCCCUUAUCAACCCCCCAAAGCCGGACACCACUUAACGCUGCUGUGCGUGAUGGCUCUCUCGACAUUGUUCAAGCACUUCUCGAGGCAGGGGCGGAUGUUCAGCUGGCGCGGCAGCUAGAUCCGGCAAUGCUGCAAUGCGCGGAGCAGGCAGACGAGGCUGAGGCUUUGGUAAAUCUGCUGAGAGAGUACGGUCUCCAAGAGGAAUCAUGA